AUGAAUUAUUUUAUCAUUUCGUCUUUCUUCUUUUUGUUCAUACAAGUUAUUGAAACACUUGAUUACGGUGAUGAUGAGACUGAACAAUCAAUGGCAUCUGUUCAAAGGAUCGAUCAUUUGACUUCACCAAUAUUCGCUCGGUUAUUUCCUUCAAAUUCAUCUUCCAUUGAUCUGCAUGAUCUCGGUAUCACCACGAUUGAAUCUGACACAUUCGAAGGUUAUCCUUAUCCGAUUCAUACAAUGAUUCUCUCAUCAAAUUCCCUUUCUCAGCUUCCGAGUAAUAUUUUCAAACGUAUCGGUCAAUCACUAAUGCAUCUCAGUUUACAACAUAAUCGGUUCGAAUCACUGAGUGAGAAUUAUUUCUUGCGACGUCUCAAACAAUUGCGCACACUCGAUCUGAGUUACAAUCGUAUCAGCGAACUUUUUAUUCAAGAUUUUCUUGGAUUGAAACAUCUGAAUAUGUUGAUCUUACGUGAAAAUCGAAUCAACUACUUAUCCUAUGGAACAUUUACUUACUGUCGAACGAUAACCACACUGGAUUUAUCGAAUAAUCAAAUAUCCAUGAUCGAUUCCAAUGCAUUUCUGUUCUUGAAAAAUCUCAAAGCUCUUCUAUUGAGUAACAAUCCUUUGGGUCAACGUGUACUCUCCAGUUCUCUGUUAAAACCAUUAAGAAAUCUUCAAUUUCUCGAUCUUGAAAGCACGCAAUUAGAAGAUCUACCUGCGUUUCUUUUCGUUUCGAAUCAACGGCUGCGGUCUGUCAAAUUACGAGAAAAUUCCUUUCACAAAUCAGCGUCUUUGCACCAAACAUUUUGUCACGCGAAUUCCUUAGUCGAAAUCGACUUCGUCAGUGCAAAUAUUCGUUCAUUGAACACUUGUUCAUACUAUCACAUACCUUCCUUACGUCGCCUUUAUCUAAUGAACAAUCCACUUGACUGUUCGUGUGAUUUGUUUUCAUUAAAAUACGGUGAUAUUUACCGACUUUUACUGAAAAAUGAUCAUGGGCUGGAUACAAGACACGGAAACAUCGAAAAUUAUUUAAAUCGUUGGAUAACAAGACCCGAACUUCGUCGACAUUUGGAGAAAGCAUACGAACGCGGCGACUUUCAUCGCUUUCCGAUCGAUUUGUCAUCAUUCGCACGAUGUUCCACACCGAACAGAUGGGCAGGACAUGAAAUUGAAGAUAUAACUGGAAUCUACAAACAAUGUCGACGUCACUGGUUGUUCAUGGAAGAAAAAUGUCGAGAUUACUGUCAGAUAUCGAAUUACUCGACAACUACCGUUCGUUCACCUUCAUCCUCAACUCUUCAGCUCAAUUCGUUCGUUUUUCUUCUCUCAAUUUCGAUUCUAACCACUAGCGACAUCUAG